CCUCCCAGCCUCAGGGCCUCCUUGUGUCACAGCGGCCGCUUCAUGCCCGCCAGGCGCGCGCCGGGGGAAGGAGCAGGCUGCCCGAGGCGGCCGAAACCCCCAUUGCCCAGCCGCUGCCUGGGAACGCGGGGGCGGGGCUUGCAGGAGCGCUCCUGUGAUGACGCAGGCCGCUGGCGCAGAAGCUGACUGUGCGAGCGGAGCGCUGGGCGGCGGCCAUGGGCAAGAGCAAAGCAAAGGGGCCAAAGGCGAAGAGCGUGUUCCACGUGGCCAAGACCAAAUCCCUGAAAGCCAGGAAUAAAGCGAAACCCGUCACAACAAGUCUGAAGAAGAUAAACAUUGUGAAUGAUGAAAAAGUUAGAAUGAUAAAUAAAGCAUUUACUGAAGUACAGAAAGAAGUCAAACAACUAUCAAAAAGCAUUUCAUCAAAACCGGAAGAAAGGCAUCGGGUUUCUACACACCUGGAGGUUGAACCAGUGAACGUGGAUGCAGCUGCAAGUUUAUUAUCUCAGUUGUAAAGCAUAAUGAAAUAUCUAUGAAUUCCAAAAGCAAAACUUACUGGAAAAAAUCAGUGGAUGGCACAUUGAAUAUUCUGUUUGUACAGUUUUAUUAAAAAAUCUUGUUAAUA